UUAUGGUUGUCAAGUUUGCAACUAUUUUCUAUUGUAUGACCGUAAACUUAGUGUGAAAAUUACGAACGAUUGGAUAUAUUGACAAGAAUGGUUGAUAAUAAGCAUAAAGAUGAAAGCUCGAGCAAACUUUUUCCUCAAUUAAACAGUUUAACUGAUGUGGAAAAGCAGAUCAAAGUGGCCAGGCAUCUUCAAUGUGAUCAGUGUGAUUGUAUAGGUUGGCGAUCUCAAACAACAGCACCGUUGGAAACAGAAGGCGAUAAAAAAAAUGACGAUAAUAAUAAGAAUACAUCUCAAUCGACAACCACUUGUUACCAAUGUCAACACAAUCUUCAGAACCAUUUGGAUAAAAAUCAUGAUUUUAUUAGACGUCUAAAAGUCGCGUUGAGGUUAGACGAACUAUUAGAGGAAAAAGGAAUAACUCUUAAUGGUAACAAUGAAGAGUAUUUGAACGAUAAAGAUAUUACUUCAUUGAGGAAACAAAUGGAUUAUAAUGCUGAGGACGAUACAAAAUCAUCCAAGGACAAAAAUCAGUAUCAUGAUGCAAUUCAGCAUACAUCUACUGAAGACGAUUUUUUGUCUGAAGCAUCUUCACCGUCCUCCAUAGAUGCAGUAGUGGUUGAGGAAGAGCCACAGCAACAACAACAUCAACAACAACAACAAAGUAGUAAUAUGAAACGGCCAAGAGAUACCAGUGACGAAGAGGACAAUCUAAGCAACGACAAAGGUUUCAAAGAUUAUGAUAAGAAUAAUCUGAAUAAAAGAUUUAAAGUGGAUACAGAUACAAACCCACCGACUAGCGAAACGAAUGCAGCACCAUCGAAAAAACAUUUAGCUGCAAAUCAAGAAGAAAAGACAAUUGAGGAGGUUGCCGCGGUAGUAGAUGAAACUGAGAAGGCUGCUUUCGCAGAUCAUGAAGAUGUUAAUGAUGACGAAGAAGAAAAAAACGAUCAAGAUCGUAAGAAAAAAGAGGAUGAAUACACAGAAAGCGCAGAACAGUUGCCACAAGAUACCACAAUUACAAACGAUGCAGAGAAUUCCAAUAGAUUGACUAAUGUAGAGGAAGAUGAGUAUGUUUCCAGACAUGGGAUGAAGGAUGGUCAAGCGCCGAAGGAUGAUAAAUCAGCGGAAAUGAUUGAAGUGAAGAGUGAAAAUACGAUCGAUGAUGGACGAAAACAGCAAAGGGAUAUGAAUGGCAGCCAUUCCAAUAGGAACGGGAAAUAUGACAAUGACGAAAAUACCUCGCACACAAUUAGCGAAACACAGGGCGAAGAUAAGCAAGAGGUAAAAGUAGAAGAGCAAGAGGCAGACUUCAAGAUUGCUAAACGUGAGCCGCAACUGGGCGAUAAAAGAGCACUGAAUGAAGAAGCAAUCCAAGUCAACGACGGCAUAGACGGUGUCUUGAAGUCUCAUGAGAAUCAUAGCUGGGACUUUAUCACUGAACUUUCACCUGCAGAGAAAAAGGAAACGCCUGCUAUGAUAGAAGAGCGUACAGGACUGAUUGAAGUCCGUGUGGUUGAAAAUGAUGGCACGCGCGACAACAUGAUCCUGCUGACUGGCCUCAAAAAUAUUUUCCAAAAGCAACUACCGAAAAUGCCCAAAGAAUAUAUUGCUCGACUUGUUUAUGAUCGUAAUCAUAAGAGUAUGGCCUUAAUUCGUCGACCCUUGAAAGUGAUAGGUGGUAUUUGCUUUCGGCCUUUCGAGCAUCAGGAAUUUGCAGAAAUUGUAUUCUGUGCUAUUGCCUCAACAGAGCAGGUGAAAGGUUACGGGUCGUUUUUGAUGAGCCAUCUAAAAGACUAUGUGUCAGGGCACAGUCAGAUCAAGCAUUAUCUCACGUACGCUGAUAACUAUGCUACAGGUUAUUUUCGAAAACAAGGCUUCACAACGGAGAUUACGUUGAAUAAAAGGAAGUGGGUCGGAUAUAUCAAGGAUUAUGAGGGAGGUACAAUCAUGCAAUGUACAACUGUACCUAAGGUGAAGUACUUGCAUGUCCAGGAUAUAUUAACGAUCCAAAAGAAGGCUGUGUACGAAAAGAUGAAACAAUUCUCGAGUUCACAUAUUGUAUACCCGGGUAUUCAAAUGCCCUUGAAUGAGGAGGGAAAACGCUGUAUAGAUCCUUAUUUGGUUCCAGGUGUGAAAGAAUCAGGGUGGACACCGGAAAUGGAUGCACUAUCGAACCGAACUAAACAUCCGCCUCACUAUAAUCAAAUGCGUCAUUUAGUCAGUGAACUACGGGCGAACCCGCAUUCUUGGCCGUUCCAUGAACCAGUGAAUGCGGAAGAGGUUACAGAUUAUUACGAGGUUAUUCUAGAACCCAUGGAUCUUACUACGUUGGACCAAAAUGUCGAGUCGGAUAAAUAUGAAAAUUUGGAAGACUUUAUUAAUGAUGUGCAGAAAAUAUUCGAUAAUUGCAGAACCUAUAAUGCUGAAUCCACCAAUUAUGCUCGUUGCGCGAACCGUUUAGAAAGAUACUUUAAAGAAAGACUCCGAGUUUGGACGAACAAAGAUGAUGAUUAGUGUUGGUGACAGUAGUGGUAAUCGCGGUGUAUAAUUCGUAUUAUUAUUAUUUUCUUUUCGGCUGUGGAUAUUAUAGGGGCUUUUUUUUUGCAACUUUUCAAAAGAUGGAUGAAGAGAGUAGUUACCCAACCCCGCUCCCUCUCUUUUU